CCUUCUUAUACCUAUGCAUCCAUGCUCUCCUCCGAGGCAUGUUCUAGGUCGACGAGCUUCUGAUUUCGAGCCACACACCUUAACUCUUGAAUAGCAGAGAACCCGAGUUCGAGUUCGGUUACGCGCUUCAUCGUUAGAUGGUACCUUAUCGCAACAAAGAAAGAAAAGGUUCGAAGUGCCUGCUUCGUGCACUCGUAGUGUGCACCUCGGCUGGCGGUGGAAGAUGGCACCGUGGUCGAUGUCUGGUCUUCACUGUUCCUGGCGGAGUCCCUGGGGUCCAGCCCAAUACCUGAUGUAUAAAUCGCCUCGCAAAGUACGCUUCUGAGGAUGCUGAAGAACCUUGCCUGCCAGCCAUGUACAAGAACGAAUAUCGUGCCGAGCCCAGCGCUCCGAUCCAACCAACGGACGACCUGCACGAGAAGACUCCGGUCGCGGAUUACGACCUCAAUUCCCUCGUACCACCGCCGCCUGAACCUCUCACCACAGACCUGGUGACUCUAGAACCCCUCGUGCCCGUGUUGCAUGCCGAUGCUCUUGCCGCAGCGCUUUCUGCAGAGCCACUUGCUAAUGAUCCAGACGUUUGGUUCUACCCUUUCCCCUCCGGACGACCAUAUAAGUCGCGUCAAGAGACGCUUGUCUACAUGGAGAAGCAACGCAGGCGAGCGAACGUGCUACCAUUCGCCAUCGUCGACCGACGGUCAGGAGAGUUCGCUGGAACAAUGAGCGUCGGCUGCGACCCCAAGCAGGCGAACCUCGACCUGCGUAUGAUGAGCGUGAAGCUCAUCCCCAAGUUCAGGGGCUCCCCGCUCUUUGUGCAUGCCUCGUACCUCCUUCUCUCUUACAUCCUCAACCCCACCGCAGAGGGCGGCCUCGGAAUGGUGCGCAUCGGUUGGCGCUCGCCACCAGAGAACACGCGCAGCCACCGCGCGGCCGAGAAGCUCGGAUUCACGCGAGAGGGCGUCCAGCGGUGCUACGAGGUCUCGGACGCGAGCGCGGUACUCCUCAGCGCGCCGUAUCCCCACUUGCAUGUCGUCCCGGAUGGCACAGGAAGGCUCACUGAGGAUGCCGUCAUCUUUUCGAUGACGAUACACGACUGGCUGGGACCCGGAAACAAGCGGCAGAGACUCGCGGACCUGUGUGCUAAGGUCCAAGGUGCGGGCUCUCGCGAGGCGGUUUGAUGGCCGAUCUCUGGCCUGGAGUAGAUAGGGUGGUAGCGCGGUUGCCAGAUUGCCUUCUGAGCAUCAUUCCGCUCUUACCCCGCGAUUCGAAAUGAUCUCUGUAGUAAAUCUCGUUAGGAA